CCAAUAACUGGCUGAAGAAGAAGAGUCGUCGGCGCAGGUUACUGCGCAUGUGAAUCACAACAGAGAAUGGGGGCAUGCUAUUAGUCUUCCUUAUUUCAGUACUUUCUGAAUUUCAGUAUAUUUUAAUCGAGUAUGCCGCCAAAGGGUAAAGGUGGCAAGGGUGGUAAAGGAGCUGCUGCGGGAAGUUCAGAGGCCGAUAAGAAAGAAAAAGCACCUAAGGGAGGCACCGCUGUGAAGGUUCGGCAUAUCCUCUGUGAAAAACAUGGAAAAUGCAUGGAGGCAAUGGAGAAACUGAAGGCUGGAGUCCGUUUCAGUGAAGUAGCAUCACAAUACAGUGAAGACAAAGCUAGACAAGGAGGUGAUCUGGGGUGGAUGACGCGAGGAUCGAUGGUUGGACCUUUCCAGGAUGCAGCAUUUGCCCUUCCUGUCAGUUCCAUGGAUAAACCUGUCUACACAGACCCUCCUGUCAAGACUAAGUUUGGGUAUCACAUCAUUAUGGUAGAAGGAAAAAAGUGACAUAGGAUGGCUCAACAUUUGAAAUUAGGACAUACAAAUUCCACCUUUGGCUAUAUUGUUAAAAUGAUGAAUUCCUGAUUUCACUUCUUUAUGUUUUGCUAAAUGUAUAAGAAUAAGAAAAGUAAAUGAUCCUGGAGUGAAAUCAUGUCAGGUUUGUCUUUGUUAAACAUACACUACCAUACUGACAAUCCGACCUUAAUAUUUUUACAAGCUUAGCUUUUACAUUCACAUUAUCACCUGGGUUUUCAGUCUAUUCAUUUUUGUGGAACUCAAACCACAAAGGGCCAAAUAAAUGCAUUUUCACUCAUGCUGUACAAAACGUGUAAGCUUUGUUUGUGUGUGUAUGAGAGAGUGACAGAAAAAGACUUGGUGGAGGAAGUGUUGGCCUCACCCCGAGGAAUUUUUGCUGUAAAGUCUUUCAGAAAGGGACAUGUUGACAUUACAUUGUAUUACAUGUUUUAUUCCAGAAAUAUAACCCAUAUUUGUAAUGAUGGCAAAGCCAGAACUGUUAAAAAGGUAUGAAGAUCAUUUAAUUACUUGUGAAGUUUCUGUUUCUGUUAUUCUGUGUUCUGGUUAAAUUAAAAAAAAAGAAUGAAGCUGACAUUUACCAAGCAGAGCUGAUACAGAUAAAGUAUAUUUACUGAGUGGGGUUACAACCAGUGAUUAUCUGCAUUAUCAGUUAAUUCGC